AUGCCAGGAGGACGCAUUGAACGCGCGUGCUGUGAUGAUCUCUUCUUUCAUUCGAAAGACCAAGCAAUCAGGUUUUCCAAGUUUCGAGGCCGUCUGUGGAAUCCGGGCGCAGUACACGCCGCACAGGAGGAGUAUCCUCCCACCGCUGCCACAAGCUUUCAUCAGUAUGGCAAAUGGUAUCCGCCAGAGAUGAAGGAUCCGGAUAGAAACUUCGGAUAUGAAGUCUUGAAAAGAGAGCAGGUGCCUUUGUGUGAGGACCUCCGCCCUGGUGUUCUGUACGAGGGCGAAAAGUGCUUCUCGAAAUGUGGGCUUCCUGGAGAAGAGGACUGCAUGCCAAGGGUCAUGACGCUCCCAGAGGAUGGUGAGUACGAGAUGGUAAAACAUCCAGUCUGUACAUCCCACGUGGAGUGUGUUGGCGAGCCAUCCCGGGUUCUGUGUGAGGUGAUGAAGAAGGGAAGCUGGCAGGAGGGCCUCAUGACGCGAAUGCGAGGUGUUGGAGGCAAGAGAUGCGAGAUGAUGCUAACGUUUACGCACCAUUGA